AUGCCUCGCUAUUGCGCAGCGAUUUGCUGUAAGAACCGGCGGGGACGGAACAAUAAAGACCGGAAGCUGAGUUUUUACCCGUUUCCUUUGCAUGACAAAGAACGGCUUGAAAAAUGGCUAAAGAAUAUGAAACGAGAUUCAUGGGUUCCCAGUAAAUACCAGUUCCUGUGUAGUGACCAUUUUACUCCUGACUCACUUGACAUCAGAUGGGGUAUUCGAUAUUUGAAACAAACUGCAGUUCCAACAAUAUUUUCUGUGCCUGAAGACAAUCAGGGAAAAGACCCUUUCAAAAAAAUGUCUCCAGAGCCAAAAUUAAAGGAUGAAAAUGAAGUAUGCAUAAAAGUUAAGUCAGAACCAUUUGUGUCAAAUGUCCCAAAGAAAACUACAGUGAAGACAGAUUUCCUUCCUGAAUGUACAGAAAUACUUGAUUCAUUUUGUUGUGUGAAGCCACCAGCUCUAAAAACAGAAAGUGAACAAAGUAAUAUACUGACUCUUAAUCUGGUUAAACAAGAUAUUGAAAACCCAGAAUCCACUUUGGAAACAUCAUUUAACAAAGGUGUUGGUGUAGGUGGUUUUAACACAUGUUUUGAGAAUAUAAAUUCUACAACUAUUACUUUGACAACUUCAGAUUCAGAAGAUAUUCCACACUCCUUAGAAACCCAAGAAGUGUUUGAAAUAACUACCAAUCAUAUUGCUAAUCCAAAUUUUACAAAUAAUUCCAUGGAAGUUAAGUCAGUACAAGAAAACCCAGUCUUUUUCAGCACAAUUACUCAAACAGUCGAAGAAUUAAAUUCAAAUAAGGAAUCAGUUAUUGCUAUUUUUGUACCCACUGAAAAUUCUAGAUCUACAGUUAAUUCUUUUAUACCUGCCCAACAAGAAACCAUGGAAAUGGAGGACGUAGACAAUGAAGACUCCUUUUAUAAGGAUGUUGACUAUGGAACAGAAGUUUUACAAGUUGAACAUUCUUACUGUAGACAAGACAUAAAUAAGGAACAUCUUUGGCAGAAAGUUUCUAAACUACAUUCAAAGAUAACUCUUCUUGAACUACAAGAGCAACAAACUCUAGGAAGACUAAAGUCUUUGGAAGCUCUAAUAAGACAGUUAAAACACGAAAACUGGCUGUCUGAAGAAAAUGUCAAGAUUAUAGAAAACCAUUUCACAACUUAUGAAGUUACUAUGCUGUAG